AUGGACGCGCACACCCGGUGGAAACGGCGGGGCUGGCCGAGCCGGCCCGGGAGCCUGGCGCUGCUCCUGCUCGCCGCCCUCGCCCACAGCCGCGCAGCUGAGCCUGCAGAUCUAUUGAAGGUAUUAGAUUUCCAUAAUUUACCCGACGGCAUCUCAAAAACGACAGGAUUCUGCACCAGCAGGCGGUCUUCCAAGGGAGCAGAUGUGGCCUAUCACGUGACCAAGGAUGCCCAGCUGAGUGCCCCAACCAAGCAGCUUUUCCCUGUGUCUCCGUUUCCCGAGGAUUUCUCAAUCCUGACCACGGUGAAGGCCAAGAAGGGCGGCCAGUCUUUCCUGAUCUCCAUUUACAACGAGCAAGGCAUCCAGCAGGUCGGGGUGGAGCUGGGGCGGUCCCCGGUUUUCCUGUAUGAGGACCACAUGGAGAAGCCGGGCCCCGAGAACUACCCUCUCUUCCGGGGCAUCAACCUCUCGGAUGGCAAGUGGCAUCGAGUUGCUUUCAGCGUCCAUAAGAAGAACGUCACUCUGAUUUUGGACUGUAAAAAAAAGGUCACCAAGUUCCUGGACCGAAGCGACCACCCCAUCAUUGACGUUAAUGGCAUCAUUGUCUUUGGAACAAGGAUCCUGGACGAGGAAGUGUUUGAGGUAAGCGUGCAAGAGAGACAGAACGGCCGGGAUGUCCGGAAGGCGUCUCGAUGCUGA